GCUGGACCUGGUGGGACACCCAGCUGGAUUCUCCAACGAAUCCGUGAGAGUACGAGACUCCUAUUCUCUGCACGAAGGAUCUAUAGAGAAUUUAGAUAUUUGUGGAACAUAUAAGAAGAAGGAGCCUACUUGCUCUGCUGCAUUUUUCUUAUUGGAGGCACGGUACGCUUGG